CCGCUGUCAGACUCGAUCGAAGAACAACCAUCGUCUGCUCGACAGGUCCUUUACUGGGAGCACAUCCAGCGGCUUCCUUGCUCAUCAUGGUGCUUCCACUCCCCGCUAUCGUGUCAGUCUCUGAAGCUGCUGAGUUUGGUCGAACCGUUUGGCCCUUCGUCCCGCAGCUUCUCUCGCUGCCAAAGACGCUCAUCGAAGUUGGCUCCGACUGGGAGAGCCUGCAAGAGGUCUAUCUCGCAACCAAUCCUUUCGUCACCGCGAUCGCAUUCACGCUUGCUCUGGUCCCGAUCUUGGUGAUCGUAUCCGAGCUCAACCGCAACUACUCCCAGGUGGACAGGUUGUGGAGUAUCCUGCCCUCGAUCUACAAUGUCCAUUACGCGCUUUGGGCGCAUUUGGCGGGGCUUCCCACGGAGAAAGUGAAGACCGUUGCAAUCUUCAGCUUGAUCUGGAGUGUUCGAUUGACCUUCAACUACUGGCGCAAAGGCGGCUACAAGAUCGGAUCAGAAGACUACCGUUGGGAAAUCGUUCGCGCUCGCGUACCCAGCCGCUUUGUCUGGUUCCUCUUCAACGUCCUCUUCAUCUCCCUCGUGCAGUCUGUUCUGCUCAACUUGAUCACUGCCCCGUCUUACGUCUUCAUUGUCCUCUCCCGCCUUCCCGAAGGCAGCACGUUCGGCAUCCCCGACCUCGUCUUUUCCCGCGUGCUCAUCUUCUUCGUCAUCAUAGAAUUCUUUGCAGACCAGCAACAGUGGAAGUUCCACCAGGCGAAAAAGUCAUACCAGCAAACGGCGCGCGUGCCUGACGAGUACAAGAGUCAGUUCACGGCGGAGGAUCUGGACCGGGGCUUCGUCGUGUCUGGCUUGUGGUCUCUGUGCCGUCACCCGAACUUUGCUGCUGAGCAGGCUAUCUGGCUCACGCUUUACCUGUGGGAUUGCUACUGCACGCAGACGUAUGUGAACUGGAGUGGCGCGGGCGCCCUAUCCUACCUGCUGCUCUUCCAGGGCAGCACGAACCUGACGGAAGAAAUCAGCGCGAACAAGUACCCCGAGUACAAGGAUUACCAAGCUCGCGUUGGAAGAUUCAUUCCCCGUCUGUCCGUCGAGCCCAGAGGUUCAAAACGAGCCCCCAAAAGCAAGAGGAAUAGCACCGAAACAGACAAUGAGAACCGGAAGAGCAAGUAGACGGGAAAGAAAAGAGAAAUGGGAGAGGGAAUUUUCCAAGAUGCUGGAAUAGUUUGAUAUAUUUUCCAAGAUCUAAUUAGCUUUUUGUGCCAUGAUUAUUCAGCUACACAUAUAAUGUGUCUUGAUACCAUCUCUCCUCCUCUUUACUACAAAAUGGACUUUAUAUAUCUUGACUAUUUACCCAGCCAGGAGUAGGACGUUUACUACGACUUCCUGAUUUACUUUAUGGUACCUACUUUCGGAUAUCUUAUCAGACAUUUCAUGGCAUUCAUCUAGCUAAUACUGUUUUUCAAUGCCAUGCAUACCAUCCUCACCACGCCAUUGCUGAUAUACAAUGUCGCGCAGUAAAUGAUCCCACGCAAUUGAAACCUCACUCAGACAGCAACCACAACA